CCCCGCCCCUCUGCGUGGCUGGCGUGGCCGGUAGGCCCGGCUCCCCCCGGCAAACCUGUCUAGUUGGGGCGGGGAGCGGAGCUUCCUCCUUCGAGGGCCGUGCCGCGCUGCCAGAUUUGUGCUUCCGCCCCUGCCUCCGCGGCUCGGAGGCGAGCGGAAGGUGUCCCGGGGCCGAGGCCCGUGACGGGGCCGGCGGGAGCCCCGGCAGUCAGGGGUCGCCGGCGAGGGCCAUGUCGCUGUUGGGGGACCCGCUGCAGGCCCUGCCGCCCUCGGCCGCCCUCACGGGGCCGCUGCUCGCCCCUCCGGCCGGCGCGACCCUCAACCGCCUGCGGGAGCCGCUGCUGCGGAGGCUCAGCGAACACCUGGACCAGGCGCCCGAGGGCCGGGGCUGGAGGAGGCUGGCGGAGCUGGCGGGGAGUCGCGGGCGCCUCCGCCUCAGUUGCCUAGACCUGGAGCAGUGUUCUCUUAAGGUACUGGAGCCUGAAGGAAGCCCCAGCCUGUGUCUGCUGAAGUUAAUGGGUGAAAAAGGUUGCACAGUCACAGAAUUGAGUGAUUUCCUGCAGGCUAUGGAGCACACUGAAGUUCUUCAGCUUCUCAGCCCCCCAGGAAUAAAGAUUACUAUAAACCCAGAAUCAAAGGCAGUCUUGGCUGGACAGUUUGUGAAACUGUGUUGCCGGGCAACUGGACAUCCUUUUGUUCAAUAUCAGUGGUUCAAAAUGAAUAAAGAGAUUCCAAAUGGAAAUACAUCAGAGCUUAUUUUUAAUGCAGUGCAUGUAAAAGAUGCAGGCUUUUAUGUCUGUCGAGUUAAUAACAAUUUCACCUUUGAAUUCAGCCAGUGGUCACAGCUGGAUGUUUGCGAUGUCCCAGAGAGCUUCCAGAGUUCAUGUGAUUCCUCCUCCCUCAGCCUCCGGAGUAGCUGGGAUUACGGGCACGUGCUAUCACACCCAGGAAGUGUUGAUGACGUCUCUGAAUCCAAGUUGCAAAUCUGUGUUGAACCAACUUCCCAAAAGCUGAUGCCAGGCAGCACAUUGGUUUUACAGUGUGUUGCUGUUGGAAGCCCUAUUCCUCACUACCAGUGGUUCAAAAAUGAAUUACCGUUAACACAUGAGACCAAAAAGCUAUACAUGGUGCCUUAUGUGGAUUUGGAACACCAAGGAACCUACUGGUGUCAUGUAUAUAAUGAUCGAGACAGUCAAGAUAGCAAGAAGGCAGAAAUCAUCAUAGGAAGAACAGAUGAGGCAGUGGAGUGCACUGAAGAUGAAUUAAAUAAUCUUGGUCAUCCUGAUAAUGAAGAACAAACAACUGACCAACCUUUGGCAAAGGACAAGGUUGCUCUUUUGAUAGGAAAUAUGAAUUACCGUGAGCACCCCAAGCUCAAAGCUCCUUUGGUGGAUGUGUACGAAUUGACUAACUUACUGAGACAGCUGGACUUCAAAGUUGUUUCACUGUUGGAUCUUACUGAAUAUGAGAUGCGUAAUGCUGUGGAUGAGUUUUUACUCCUUUUAGACAAGGGAGUAUAUGGGUUAUUAUAUUAUGCAGGACAUGGUUAUGAAAAUUUUGGGAACAGCUUCAUGGUCCCUGUUGAUGCUCCAAAUCCAUAUAGGUCUGAAAAUUGUCUGUGUGUACAAAAUAUACUGAAAUUGAUGCAAGAAAAAGAAACUGGACUUAAUGUAUUCUUAUUGGAUAUGUGUAGGAAAAGAAAUGACUACGACGAUACCAUUCCAAUCUUGGAUGCACUAAAAGUCACUGCCAAUAUUGUGUUUGGAUAUGCCACGUGUCAAGGAGCAGAAGCUUUUGAAAUCCAGCAUUCUGGAUUGGCAAAUGGAAUCUUUAUGAAAUUUUUAAAAGAUAGAUUAUUAGAAGAUAAGAAAAUCACUGUGUUACUGGAUGAAGUUGCAGAAGAUAUGGGUAAGUGUCACCUUACCAAAGGCAAACAGGCUCUAGAGAUUCGAAGUAGUUUAUCUGAGAAGAGAGCACUUACUGAUCCAAUACAGGGAACAGAGUAUUCUGCAGAAUCUCUUGUGCGGAAUCUACAGUGGGCCAAGGCUCAUGAACUUCCAGAAAGUAUGUGUCUUAAGUUUGACUGUGGUGUUCAGAUUCAAUUAGGAUUUGCAGCUGAGUUUUCCAAUGUCAUGAUAAUCUAUACAAGUAUAGUUUACAAACCACCCGAGAUAAUAAUGUGUGAUGCCUACGUUACCGAUUUUCCACUUGACCUAGAUAUUGAUCCAAAAGAUGCAAAUAAAGGCACACCUGAAGAAACUGGCAGCUACUUGGUAUCAAAGGAUCUUCCCAAGCAUUGCCUCUAUACCAGACUCAGUUCACUGCAAAAAUUAAAGGAACAUCUAGUCUUCACAGUAUGUUUAUCAUAUCAGUACUCAGGAUUGGAAGAUACUGUAGAGGACAAGCAGGAAGUGAAUGUUGGGAAACCUCUCAUUGCUAAAUUAGACAUGCAUCGAGGUUUGGGAAGGAAGACUUGCUUUCAAACUUGUCUUAUGUCUAAUGGUCCUUACCAGAGUUCUGCAGCCACCUCAGGAGGAGCAGGGCAUUAUCACUCAUUGCAAGACCCAUUCCAUGGUGUUUACCAUUCACAUCCUGGUAAUCCAAGUAGUGUUACACCAGCAGAUAGCUGUCAUUGCAGCCGGACUCCAGAUGCAUUUAUUUCAAGUUUUGCUCACCAUUCUUCAUGUCAUUUUAGUCGAAGUAAUGUGCCAGUAGAGACAACUGAUGAAAUACCGUUUAGUUUCUCUGACAGGCUUAGAAUUUCUGAAAAAUGACUGCCUUGUUUUUGAAAGUUAGCAUAAUUAUAGAUGCCUCAUGUGAGAUAGUACUACACUUACAUAAAGUGAAAAGGCAAAUUUGUACAUGUAGAGAAAGAAUAGUAGUAACUGUUUCAUAACAAACUUCAGAACUUUGAGAUGUUGGAAUUACAUUAUUUAAUCACAGACUUCCUAAGAUUUUGUGAAUUGGUUGAUUAGUUCUGUACAAAUGAAGUAUGGAGGUGUGUAUGUUUAUAUGUAUAUAACAAAAUAUUUUCAUGGUGACCACUCUGAAGUAAGAGCAAUGGGAAUGGCAUUAUUGCAGAAUAAGUCAUUGUAUUUUUAACACCAGAAAGAACCUUGCUGAUCACCAGGCAUAACCUCAUUUUAUCAAUGGAAGAAACACAUAAAGGCAUCUAAGUUAGAGCUGGCACCAGAACUGAGACCUCCAGAAAUCUAUUCCAGUAUUUUUUCCACUACACACUGCCUUCCUGACAGGUUCUGAGCUAAGUGUUAUUUUUGUAGAUAGAGUGAAAUAUAUUUAUAUGUAUAAAUAUAUAGAGAUACAUAGCUGUGUAUUGUCUCAAGAAAUGUACAGACUUUAGUUUUUGAUUAUAAGGACUUUGCUGCAAGUUUUAGUUAAGAGGUUUGUAUAUAAAUCUGAUGUAGAACAGGCUGAAAUUAACUAGAUAGAGGUUAAGAAUCAAGAUACAAUGGAUAAUUUUCAUAGCUGCCUAUCUGAAUUUUCCAAAUACUUAGCAUCUUCCUUGAUAAUAUGUAUUUUCUUCUUGAA